AUGGAAAUCGUUGACGAGGAUGACCUUAUUGAGCUUGCCAAGUCGCACACUAAACCGAGGACUUCACAAAAGUACCAAGACAGUCCGGAGAUCAAGGAAGCCAUCAUCGCUGCCAAAGUUUCCAAACUACCGGCCGACUGGAAGCGGGUGCAUCGACUUCGCAAGCAGCACCGCCGUCUCUGGGCUGGUAGUCGUCUGUCCCGCAUUUUGGCUGGCGAUUGGGAUCUUUAUCGACAACUCCAGAACGAAAAGAAGCGCCGCCGUGGCUGGUGGGGGAACUUACUUGCUGAACAGGGCUCUGAGGAUCUUGCAGCUCGUAUCUCUUUGCAUCUCAAGGAGAAAAUGUGCAGUUCUGACAGGUCGGCUGAUGUUUGGGAAGCUGAACUCCUCGCCUACAUUCAGAACUCACACGAGGAUGACGUCUUCAUGCCUUUCACGCUGCUUGAUGUUCGCACUGAGUUGCAAGGGAUGAAGUGUCGUAGUGCGGUCGGCCCUGAUGGAAUCGGGGUGCACCUCCUUCGAGAAAUCGCCUCAGACGAUACUCUUGGACCUCGAUUGCUUGGGCUCAUCAAUCACAUUGUUCAAAGUCGUGAACUUCCUCACAGUUGGGAGACAUGCUUCUUAGCUCUGCUUGCCAAAGUCAAACUUCCAACUGGUCCUGCUGACCUGCGACCGAUUUGCGUGUCGUCGGCAUUUCACAAACUUGUGAAUCGACUUGUCUGCUCCCGGGCCCUUCCUUUGAUGCGCCAGGGCUCUUCUGUCAGCUGUUGCGGUAAAGGACGACAAGCUGCCGACCUCAUCGGAGCUAUCUCGAGAUUGAGGGAUAUCACCAAGGAAUGGGCUCAUCCGCUUAUCGUCUGCAAGCUCGAUGUUGCGGGUGCUUUUGAUAAGGUUGAGCGCAGCAAAGUCGCUGAACUCCUGUGUCGUCGUCUUCGCCAUAAAGGGGUGAGUACUGAACUACGUUAUCUCCUUGCACAGCUCGCUGUUCACCAUCUUGUUGGCAAUGCCCCUGGCGGGAAGCAAGUGUGCCUGUCGCCUGAUAAUGGGAUUAAGCAAGGCGCGCCUGAGAGCGCCGAGCUAUUCGGGCUUGUCGUUGACUCACUCCUUUCUGAACUUGUCAGCUGCAGGCGAUGGGGUGAUCUUGGACAGCCAAUUGCAGAGCUUGGGGUCGACUUGCUCUUUUACCAGGACGACGUGUUCAUCAUUGAGACCGAGUUUGGCAGGCUUUGUAAGCGCAUCAACAUCGUUGACCGUUGCCUCCAACAAGCAGGGCUCACGCUUGCCAAAGGGAAGACCAAGAUUGUUGCCAACUGCCAUUAUGCGGGACCCCGUUGUGCCAGAGUUGGUGACAAUACUUUUCGCAUCUCUGAUGAGGGUGACUCUCUUAAGGUCCUUGGUUUGAGCUUCUCUUUGUCACGGGAUGCAUCCGAGCAAGCUCGCGAGCUCAUCGCCCGCGCGCGUGAUGCCGCCGCCGCCCACAAAGAUAUCCUUCGUGCUCCUGGAGCAUGGCUCAAGAAGGUCAAGAUGAUGAGCACGCUGAUCGAGGCUCAGUUCAGCUGGACAGCUGGCGCUUUGCACUGGAGUAAGGAUGAUUUACAUGCUUUGAAUGUGCUCCAGCUUCACACCUGCCGCUCUGCGUUUGGGCUGCGAAGGACAGCAGGUGAAUCCUGGGCUGACUGGAAUCAAAGGAGUCUGAGGUUUGUGCGUCUCUGGCUUGUGUCUAACGAUGUUCGACGUUGGUCUGAGAAGGUCCUUACUCUACAGCACACUCUCCACGGAACACCGCUUGGUGGCGUGGACAGCAGCAGCUUAGUCGGUCAUGUUCUGUUCGUCAUCCGCAUCAGUUCUACGCUUCCAAUGCUGAACGACAGCUCGCCCAAAGUUGUGGUCCUCUAUGGCAUGUCCUAG